AUGAGGCCACAGGCCAGGCCCGAGGCUGACCCAGGGCUAGAGCAGGGGAAGGGGAAAGGCUCCAGAGCAGAGGCUUCUGGGAAAGUUGGAUUCAUGGACCAGGCUUGCAACCACAUCCCUGGGCCUCGGCCCAGCACGGCCAGCAUCCGAGUACGAGAGCUGGGCUGGCAGGGACCACAGAACCCCUGUCCGCAGAUCCAGGGUGUGGGGAGCCCCCAGGGCAGCCCCGGAGAGGAGCUGAUGGAGCAGGUUCUGUCACCCACCCGGCUGAAAGCUGUAGCCCAGGUGGAUGACCUGCGCCAGGUGAGCCGGCUGGAGCUGUGCGUGGACACUCUUGAGAGCAGCCUGGGCAACUUCGGGCUGCACCUACCCAACCUCAGGCAGCUGAAGCUGAACGGGAGCAGGCUGGGGUCCGUGAGGGACCUGGGCACCUCCCUGGGCCACCUGCAUGUGCUCUGGCUGGCUCGCUGUGGCCUGAGUGACCUGGACGGCAUUGGUUCCUUUCCAGCGCUGAAGGAGCUGUACAUGUCCUACAAUGACAUCUCGGACCUCAGCCCCCUGUGCCUGCUGGACUCGCUGGAAGUGCUGGACCUGGAGGGCAACAGUGUGGAGGAGCUGGGCCAGGUGCGCUACCUGCACCUGUGUCCGAGGCUGGCCACGCUCACUCUGGAGGGCAACCCCGUGUGCCUGCAGCCCGGCCCCGGGCCUCCCUGCCAGAAAUCCACCGAGUACAAUUACCGCGCCGAGGUGCGGCGCCUCCUGCCGCAGCUGCAGGUGCUGGACGAGGUACCAGCCGAGCACACGGAGCCCACCGGCGCGAGGCUGGACGCGGACUGGCUCCUGGUGAAGGAGGCCAUCAAGGCGAGCGGACUCCGCGGGCUGGGGAGGCCCUUCUGCAGACUUAGCCCUGAGCAGCCCCAGGGGCCCAGGCUCGGGCCACGCGCCCUCCAGGGCCCCAGAGCCCCGCUGGCUGCAGGCUGGCUCCCCGAGGACCCCGGGCCAGAGGAGGACGCCAGCAGCCUCACCCACGGAGCCGGGCCCCUGCUCUGUGGAAACCCCAGCAAAGGCCUGCGGGAGCGGCGGCAUCGGUGCCAGACCUGGGAGUCCCCAGAGCAGCGGCCACUGAGGCCAGGACGCUCAACCCCUCCCUCAGAGCUCCAAGAGACCCUCAGGCUUCUGGGCCUGGCCAGGCUCCAGACAUGGAACGAUCUGUGCCUGAGGCACCUGGAUUCCCAGACAGAAGAGACCCCCAAUCCCAAGAGCCCACCAGGUGCUCCCACUGAUCAAGAGUCGUUGGCUUGCCCGUGUCCCCCCAGCGUGACCCCUGGCUCCCUAAGUGACCCACCUGCCAAUCAAGGGGAGAACCCCCAUCUCCAGCAAGCUUCCAGAACCCCAGCUGGCCUCCUGACUCCCUCCCCACCCAGCUUCCCUCCGAGGCCAGGGCUGGGCACCGGUUCCUGGGGACCCGCAGACCUGAAGUUUCGGGGCCGCCGGCUGCGAGCCCUGGGCAGUCAGGAGCCCGGCCUGGGCCAGGAGCUGGCCUCGGCCAAUGCACUGAGGGACCUGGGGGUGGGUACGGCAGGACCCAGCCUCCACGGACGUCCUCGCCCAAAGCCAGCCCCAGAUUCAGCAAACCGACCCCAGGUCUCUGGCACAUGCCAGAGCUGAGCUGAGUGACCCCCAUGGGAUGCCUUCGCCACUGCCAAGCUGGCCUGGAGUGUGGUCACAGCCCUGCGGGUCUCCUGAACCACCCACUGGCCCACUCCCUCCACACACAGGCCUGGUCCUCCAAAGAAAAGCAGCCAGCAGCGAGCUGGACAGUGAAGAGAUUGGGGUUGGGGCUGGCCCCAGACAAG